GACGACCCAGUCACGAGCACCAGCUGCAACGGCCGUUAAGGGUCCGCAGGAGCUGUACAACCGCCUGCCUCUGGCUACCUCGCCGUCGGACACCUUUUCUUUGCCGGAAGGGGCCACUGCCUACGUUGUUGAUGACGUCAUCAAUUCUGCGCAGGAAGUCGUCACAGAUGGCUUCGGCGAAAUGAGCCUCGACUUUGCCCUGCAACUUGGUCUGGUGAAGCAGGAGCAGGUCGAGGAGGGCAUCUACCACGCCGUGCAAUUUCUUGGUUUACUUACAGCUUUUGCCAUGGGCGAUGUCAUCCUAGCUAAAAGGGUGCUGACAGAGCGCAAGCAAAUGGAGCACACGCUGUCUCUUCGCAAGUUUUGCAUGAAAAUCCGCUUGAAGCCCACGGCAGACUUUGCAACCUCUUUCAACCCUGGCAUCGACGUGGUGCAGACCACAGAA